CGAAAGAAGCGGUAGCGCGCGACGCGCGCAGUUCCUUCUCGAUUCCGUGGUGUGCGCGCGCGCGACGAGAAUACGCGACCUAUUCGCGACUGGAUCAUCGAAUCGUCGUCGCAUCGGCUCUCUCGUUCGGCGCUGGUGUUUCGUUCGCGUUCCGCAGCAUAUUCGUAUCAUACUUGGUGGUGUUUUUCUUUUUUUUUUUUUCGUUUCUGUUAUACGUAUUCGUGGUAAUCCACGACGACGUUGGUCGAUGCUACGCGUGAUAUAUCAGGUGGUGCACGGUGAUAAAGAAUAAAGUGGUGGGUGUCUUGCUGGCGGUGCACCGUAGGAUGGUUGGAGAAGUGUGUGCAGCUGUGGCCGUGGACAUCGCGAACGAAUGACACUUCGGUCGAAAGAAAGCGGAGAAGGUCGUGAAAGGUGAAAGAGAAACGGGACAAACGAGAAGGCGUCAAGGAGUCGGUCGAUGAUAUUCGCAGUGCGUGCACGUUAACUCAGCGAGACGCCGCGCCGCGAGCAUCGAGAGAGACUCGGCUAUCGCGACGGUUCUCCCUACAGCCAAUCGGGAAGGCGAGAUAUCGCCGUGGAACGAGCGCACUCGCAGCCGAGAGAGUCGAACGUGGUGUCUCUGGCGUAGCAUCGUGCAUCGUGGUCGAAGUGUUGUUGCAGUGCCGCGUACGGUAUUCCUGAAUAUGCUACCGUCACGCGCAAUAUGUAUCGCACGAAUCAACUAGAAGACGUGGGCUACAGAAGCGUCGAGAUCGCGUCCGCGUUUACGCAUCUGCCGCAAAAAGAAAUGGCCAGGGACACGCCAGGCUCACCCAUGUCUAGGCCGAGGGAUUUGGUCGGCGGAGUUGGCGGUACUGCGGCCACCUUGACAUCCAGCGCGUAUCACGCCGCCUCUGGCGACCCAACCGCCCUUCACGGCCACGCGCUGCAGCAAAAGAUACUCGAGUUGCAACAGCGUCAUCAACUUCAACAGCAGAUUUUACGGCAACAGUAUCAGGCGCAGGAACGACACCUGGCCGAACUGCACGAGCAACAGAUGCAUCAGCUGAAGCUAUGGGAGCAGCAAAAGCAACUGGAGGAGCAGAGGAGGGAAAAGGAGAGGCUCGAGGCUCUUAGGAAGAAGGACAAACACGAUCACAGCGCGAUUGCAUCGACGGAGGUCAAGCAACGGCUUCAGAGCUUCCUGGUGAACAAGAAGCAAAGGGAGGCCGCUGCCGCGGCGAAUGGUGCCGUACCUGGUACAGCCGGAUACAGGAGCUGGUUGCAACCGCAAACGGAAUCGGGGGGUACCGCGAACGCUUCGCAUCCCUACCGGAUGCCGCAGAUGCUUCAGGAAAAGUUCGCCGAAGACUUCCCUCUUCGAAAAACAGCCUCGGAGCCGAACCUGCUGAAGGUGCGACUAAAGCAACGCGUGGAGAGGAACAUGGCCGCCUCGAGAAACUCCCCACUGAUGGCGCGGCGGAAGGAUCGGCUGCUGUCGCACCUCAAGCGGAAGUCACUGCUAGCAAAUUCAAGCAGCAACCCGGAAUCUGGGCCUAAUUCACCGCCAACCGUGAACAACUCUCAAGCGAGCCCCACGGCGGGAAGCAACGCGGCGGCAAUCCAAGAAGAGACCGAGAACGCGGCGUAUGGCGGCCUCCUGACCAGCGGCAGCCAGCAGGGCAGCCUUUCGGACCUACCAUUGUUCAGUUCGCCCUCUAUGCCGAACAUCUCUCUGGGUAGACCUCACGUACCGUCCGGAACUACCACGACCGGCACCAAGUUGGCGACUGUCUCUGAGGCGGAGGUUCGAGCAGCGUUUACGGCACGGCUGGGAAUGCCGUUGACGGAUCAGAUGCUACCCGGUACCUUGCCCUUCUACCCAUCGUUGACGGUGAUCGAAAGGGAACCACCUACCGCCGGCUACGUUCACAAGCAGAUGCAGAAUCUGGAGCAUCAGUCGGUAACGAACAGACAACACGCAGCCGCGGUCUAUUUCAGCGCCGCGGCGGCGUCAGCGUCGGCGUCGGGCUCGGCGUCAGCGUCUGCGUCGCCCAUCACGGACACGCAAGUAGCGCACGCGAGGCUGCAAAAGGCUGGUCACCGGCCUUUAGGUAGUAGGACCCAGUCGGCUCCGUUACCGCUGGGUCACCCGAUGCUGCAAGGCGGAGGAAUGAUAGCCCCGCAGACGCACUACGAAGAGUACCUGGCGGAGAAGCAGUUGCAUGAUCAACAGCAGGCGCACAAUUACCUGAAACAGCAGAUUCGUCAGACGGUGUUGACGCGGGUCGGUUCACGGGGCCAGGCGAACCAGUUGGACGAGGCGCCCGAGUCCGAGGAGUCCGAAGUGAUAGAUCUGACGGGUGGGAAGAAGGAUUUGUCGGAGGAGAGCGAAAUAUCCAAGCAACAACGGGACCGCGAGCAAUUCCUACAGCAGCAGAGGGACCUGAUGAUGAGGCAUACCCUGCAGGCCUCGAACGAGUCCACGGCCUAUAGCGGGAGCGGCGGCGGCAGCGGGAGCAGGAGUAGCCAACAGUGUGCCAGGCCACUGUCCAGGGCGCUCUCCAGUCCGUUGGUUCACUUAGGUCCUCAGGCCACCGGAUCCGCCGCCGCCGAUUUAUUCUCGCGAGCAUCCUCCCACCGACCCACCACUGGCUUGGCCUACGAUCCGCUGAUGCUGAAGCACGCGUGCGACUGCGGCGAGACGGUACGGGGUCACCCUGAGCACGGCGGCAGGCUACAAAGCGUCUGGGCCCGGCUGUCGGAAACAGGCCUGCUGCAGAGAUGCGAUCGGAUACGGUCGCGCAAAGCGACCCUCGAAGAGAUACAAACGUGUCACAGCGAGGCGCACGCGCUACUCUUCGGGACGAAUCCGAUGAAUCGACAAAAGUUGGACGUGUCGAAGCUCUGCCAACUGCCGAUCAAGAGUUUCGUUCGACUGCCUUGCGGCGGAGUUGGCGUCGAUUCCGACACCACGUGGAACGAACUGAAUACCGCGCCGGCCGCCAGAAUGGCCGUAGGCUGCGUCGUCGAUCUGGCCCUUAAAACCGCCAUGGGCGACAUUAAGAACGGCUUCGCCGUGGUACGACCGCCGGGACAUCACGCCGAAACCAAUCAAGCCAUGGGUUUCUGCUUCUUCAACUCGAUCGCGAUCGCUGCGCGGUUGCUCCAGCAAAAGCUCGAUGUUCGGAAAAUCUUGAUUUUGGAUUGGGACGUCCACCAUGGGAACGGAACGCAGCAGAUGUUUUACGACGAUCCGCGAGUGUUGUACCUGUCGAUACACAGGCACGACGAAGGUAACUUCUUUCCAGGCACCGGCGGACCGACCGAGUGCGGCGCUGGUGAGGGUCUCGGUUACAACGUGAACGUGGCCUGGUCUGGCGGACUGAACCCGCCGAUGGGGGACGCGGAGUACAUCGCGGCGUUCCGAACGGUGGUGAUGCCGAUCGCGAAGGCGUUCGAUCCGAGCAUCGUGCUAGUCUCGGCGGGAUUCGACGCCGCCAUUGGUCAUCCGCCGCCGCUUGGAGGUUACAAGGUCAGCCCGGCUUGCUUCGGGAAGCUGACGCAACAGCUGCUGGGUCUGGCCGACGGCAAGGUAGUCCUCGCCCUCGAGGGUGGCUACGACUUGGCCGCGAUCUGCGAUUCCGCCCAAGAAUGCGUCCGGGCUCUGCUGGGCGACGAACCCAGCCAGCUGAGGGACGAGGAACUGACCAGGUCACCGUGUCAAAACGCGAUCGACACGCUACAGAAGACGAUCGCCGUUCAGAUGUCGCAUUGGCCUUGCGUCAAGCUGAACGCUCACACUGUACCGAUGAGCGCGAUCGAGGCUGGUCAGAAGGAACGCGACGAAUCGGAGACUGUCUCCGCGAUGGCCUCUCUUUCGAUGCAGCAACCUACCAACUUAACAACUACCCCAGAACAUUCCCGUGAAGUUUCCGAGGAGCCCAUGGAACAAGACGACGCCAAAUGAAACCGUAGAUGGCUGCGUUGCGGUACGCGCGAUCGUCUUUGGAAAUUGUCGCGAAACAACCGUCGUUGUAUUCGCGACGCGUCGUAGGAGCGGCAGGGCGAGACGUGGAGCCACGCUGCGUCGCGCGACAACGUGUGCAGUCUACUCUGUUCCGAUGUUGCAUCCGUUCGCACCAGCGUCGUCGAGCCAUUUCGCGCGCUUCUGUCGCCGUGACGUAUGGUGUUGCAUCCGCGGCGCACGGUGGCGCUGUUGUUGAGCCGACCACGCGAGAAGAGCCGAACCUAGCCGAGCCACCGAUUUAUACACACAGUUUCUUCGUCCACAUGAUACGUUUGCGCGCAACAGCACCUUCGAACCACUUCUUCUCGUACACGCGAGCAAAUUUGUACUGUUUCGAGUAAUCUCUCAUAGUACAUUCCAUGGAACCGUGUUGUUGGACGUGAACGAAAUCCGCUCUAACAAAGUUUUUAUUACGUAAAAAGCAAAUCUAUCUUUCCAUUCAACUUGGAGUUUUUAUGGAACAAAGUUUUAUUUGUCUGAUAUUAUAAGAUAAUAUCCGUUUUAACGCAUGUGUGUGUUUUUUUAACAUUUUAACUGCCAAUGGUCACUGGUGACCGGCACUUUGCACACGCAACGUACGUGUUUCGAUAUUGUUUACGAUAAAAGGAUAAUUUAAAUGCCAGUAGUUCACGGUUAACAUUCCGAUCCCUUCCACUCAGCGUCACCACCCCAACGAAAGCUGAUUUGAAUUCUUUUUCUUGAAGAAGAAAGAGCAAAAUGAAUGAUCAUACGAUACGAAAAUUUGUUAUUUAUUUUUCCUUUUAAAAUUGAUGUGUUUGUAACUUUUACUGUUGCAUCGUUCCAUGGAACGUACUAUACUCACAGCUACACGAAUUGCUUCUGAUGACUGACCAUCUCUCACGUUCGAGUCGCGCAAACCGACAUUACCGGAUAGAAAUUUCGAAGAAACUCGCUAUAGGAAAAAAAAAAGUUGUACCUGUUUGUGAAUCGUCGGUCGUCCUGCGAAACGCCGAACGUCGGGAUCAGAUGUUCGAAACGAUUUUUGCGUCAGAGGGUCACCUAAAUUUGCGGCGUGUCCUGCGACUCGAGUAACACGAACGUUCGAAUGCCUUCGAAUGUCUUUAUCGCGCGAAUCGAAAGGAAACGUACGGUUUCGUGCCGGUAUAAUUAUACAAUCACUUGAAAACAUUCGCCAAGGGUUUCCUUACUCGAUGAAAAAAUUGUGCAUCCGUUCAGAAGAGGUUGUCGAUUUUAUUUCAAACAAUUUUUGACUGUAGCGUGAAGAUUCACGUAGUCGUGAAAUUUUGAAAAGAUCGAGGCGAGGAACAGUCGCGGGAGAAAACUGUUCGCGAACUCGACGAAAAGCGGAAAGACAAAAAAAAGCGUUUCGCGUGUCUCGUUGUCGCGAGACCACAGCGAUUGAUUUUUCUUCGGGCGGCAUAGCGACGUUUGGUUGUUUUAUCGCGAACAAAGGCUGGUGUGAUUUUUGUGAUAUUUUGUAAAAAAAAAAAAAAAAAAAGAAAAGAUGAAAUUUAACGAGCUACUGUUAAAUAAAAGUAUAAGUGCACGCGAGAAUGUGUGUACGCGUGUGUGUACGUGUGCAUGAGUGUACGAGUGUGUGUGUGCGCGAGAGAGAGAGAGAGAGAGAAAAAAUAUAAUUGAAAUACGAGCAUUUAUUUUUGUGUCGUGCAUUUUACGAGAACACGGGAGUCACGUAAACGAAUCGAUCGAUCGGCAAAUGAUUUCCGCAGUUUCGUACGUUGCGUAUAACGUAUAUGCAUAUACGCGGACGUGUGCGCAUAUACGGGCAUCGAGUACAAGGAACAUAUGUGUGCAUCGUAUGUUUGUGUGUUCGCAAGGAAUCUCAAGUGUUCGUCCCGUAUUUUUACCAAAAAAUUAUGGAAAUAUCUAGCACGAAACAAUUCUUUGGUCGAUUCGUGUCGUAAACUCGGAGACCCCCGAUAUAUUCCCCGAUCCGUGUACUAUGCAACGAUGACUCGAUGGCUAGGCGCGCUGAUUGGCCGUGGCUUAACACUUUGACUGCCACGUCACCCAUAUAUGGCUGACAAGACCUUCCCACUAUGGAAUUAAAACAAUUUAUUCUGAAAUUGAAAUUGAAAUGUUAAAUAAAUUUAUAUAGGACGAAAAUAAGUACCGAAGACAAAUUUUAAGUUAUGCAGUUUACUGUUGCUUAAAAUCCAAGUUUUGGUCUCGUUAAAAAUUGUACGGUUUUGAUGUGGCAGUCAACGUGUUAAUAGCGACGCUCUCACAUGCAUUGUCAUUAUUGGCUGAGUCGCUCACGAAUAGGGACAGAGUAGGAUAGGACAAGACUUGAGAGGCAUUGGCGUAACCGUACGCUCAAAAUACUAACCAUCGAUAGAACAAAAGUGUAUUUCUCGUGGUUAUGGAGACCCUACUACUAUGUUGCGUGACGUCAAAGCGGGCCUCUAUGGUGGGAAUAUGGAGGAGCGUAGACCUUCUCUCUUUGCUCUUCGACAGUUUAGUUUGUGGGUGUCUAGCCAAAAAGUCAUCUCUGGAUAGUAUAUUCUUCAUUGGAACCAGGUUUGCCGGGUGGAGAAGUGGCGUUACCAUCCCCUCUUUGAUCCUCCACUCGCCCUCCGUCACCCAACACUGCCCGACACCGAGUGAGAGGGAAAGUGUCACCCCCUAGCGUCGCCUUGAGCAUUGAACGGAGUCCACGCGGUGAAGAGCAGGACAAACGGUGGAGACCGUCGGACAUGAGAAGUGGGGGGGGGAGUAGACCGAGGUAUUCUAUACUAUAGAUUCUCUAUAGUAUAGAGUUUGUACGGUAACCUUGGCGACGACUCGAAACUGCAUUCUUCUCUCGUUCCUUCCGUUCAAUGUACAGUAGUUCCUCGAUAUUAUUCGGAUACUCAAACUACGUGACGUGAAAAAUAUCUCUAAUUUUAUUGACCACGUGAUAGGCGAAAAUGAGAACCAUCGAGUGUAAAUGAGAUAGUUAAAAUCUGGUCAUAGACUGGUUCCAUUCGACCGAGAAAAUUCUAGGAUUUGUGGUGGGGAUGAUUCCGUUAAUAUUGUCGAGGACUACUGUAUAUGCACCUCUCUCCCCCUCCCCACCCCUUCCGUUCCCUUUUUGGACCAAUUGUGCACCGUUCCCUUUACGCUUUCUUCUGUAUCUCUCUUUACGCCUUGUCCUCGCUUUUAACUUUUUUUCGCGACCAAUCGUCCUCGCGUAAUAUUUUCCUAAAUUCGUUCUCGCGAUUCUCUCCAUCUCGCUAGCCCUAACCUCCUUUAAAUUUUCCUUAUCCCUUCGACUCGAUUCGAUCGAACUAUUCGUUACCACUGGUUCUCCGCUCUCGUGCGACGAUCGUUUGGAAAUUGUUGACAAUUUUAAGAGAGUUUUAUGCGUUUCGGACAAAGAAACUUGCAACAUUCCGGUAUCGUUCGUAGGAAAUCGAUACAAGUUAGAUGUAAAACAAAAAAAAAAAAAAAAAAAAAUCGUUGACUCGCAUCGAAAGCAGAAUAAUAAUAAGAGUAAAUAAACAGAUAACAAAAAAAAAAAAAGAAGUGAAAAUAAGAAUCUAAAAGUCGAAGAUGAAAAAAAAAAAAAAUAUUACGAUUACGUUAUUGCACGUGUACGAGUAUGUCCAUAUUGCGUAAGCUUAAGUGUAUUAGUCAUACAUUUUUUAUGUAUAUAAAUGUACCUCGUAAAGUAAUUUUAAAUAAAAGGUAUAGUCAUUGUGUUACGCAUACGUUAACGACAUGUGUGCAGAGA